UUUAUAUGUAAUAUAUUAUUCCAAUUAGCAAAGCAACCAACUGUGGAAAGCAAGUGUUAUAUGGAAUGAGGAAUAAGUGAUUUGAAUAAUACCAUAAGUGUCAUCAAGUUCAAGAUAUAUAUACUUGGUGCUAGAUAAAAAUAUAAAUUUAAAAUGGUGUCACUGGCAGUAUGUUUUUUACAUUCUAUUAACAGGUUAAUUCCUAAGCCAACACGAAGAUAUCUUCACUAUUAUAAUAUUCCUCUACCUCAGGUGCUUCAUAGACAGUUGGAUUCUUCCUUCCUUGAACAGUUUGAAGAAAUAAUUGUAAUUGGUGAUAUACAUGGGUGCUUUGAUGAGUUGAUAACAUUACUUCAUGAAGCCAAUGUUGCUGGUGAUAAUGUCUUAAAACUAUUUGUUGGUGAUCUUGUAAACAAAGGUCCAAAAAACAUUGAAGUUUUGGAUUUAAUCAGGAAUUCUAAAUCAAUGUUAGCUGUCAGAGGGAAUCAUGAUGAAGUUGUUUUAAAAGAAUAUUUCAAUGCACAGAAAUCAGACUAUCAGUUAAAAGAAAAAAACUUAUGGAUUAAGAAUUUAUCUGAUGAAAAUGCCCGCUUUUUGACAGAGCUGCCAUAUACUAUUAGUUUACCAUCUUUAAAUACUAUAAUAGUCCACGCAGGUCUAGUUCCUGGUGUACCAUUAGAAAUCAAUGAUCCUACAAACAUGGUUCGAAUGAGGAAUGUUGUGAUGACAGAUUAUUUUUGGGAAGAAGGUUUAAUAGCUUCUGAAAAUACAAGUAAAGGAGAACCAUGGGCUCAACUAUGGGGUGGACCUCAGCAUGUGUACUUUGGACAUGAUGCAAAGCGUAUGUUGCAAAGACAUUUUCGUGCAACUGGAUUAGAUACUGGAUGUGUAUAUGGCAACUGGCUCACUGGAGUUUUUAUUUAUGGUCCUAGAAAGGGUGAAUUUGUUCAAGUGAAUGCCAAGGAAGUCUAUUCUAAACCUAAAUCAAAAGUGGUUGAAAACUAAGAAUAAUAUUUAAACAAAAAAAUUUCUUGAAUUUUUAUUAAAAUAAAAACAGAAUUAUUUUAAAGCUUUCAUGUAGUACCAUUUCAUUUUAUUCAAAAUUUUUUAAAUAACAUUAUUUUAUUUUGACAAAAAAAACUUUUUAUCAAAUUAUGUAAAUUUGCAUUUUGGGAUUUAUGCUUAUGAGCUGCAGCAUAAAAGGCUUUAUUUUAUUUCAAAAGAUAUUUUGAAUUCUUAUAUGGAAUAAAAUGUUUAUUUUUCAGUAAACUUAUAUAAAAUUUAUGAUUCUUGCAAUGUAAAAAUGCAGGAAUUCUUUUCAAAAAAGUUGAACUAAAUAUUUAUAGAAAAGAAAUCUUGCUGAAAAAUGUAUAAUCAUCAAAUACGGUGAAAACCAUUAUGUCUUUUGUACACAAGUAUGUUGAUUUAAUUAAAUAUAUAUUUAAGUCUUUUCUAAAAUAGUUUAAGAAGUUUUCUAUAAUUUUAUAAAAUAUAUAAAUUUGAAAAUUUUCUGUCAUGUCUUAAAUGUUAUUAUUAUUAUUAUUAUUUUUUGAGUUUUUAACAUGAAUAUAUUUGCUGCUUUUGGAGGGAUUGUAUUUUAACAAGAUCUCAGUAAAUAUAAGUGUGUAACUUUUCAUGUCAAUUUGAAUGUUUUAUGGGUUGAUUUUUUUCUGUAAUUUCAUUUAUGAGACAAAAAGCAUUUCAAUUUUCACUUAACGUGUAUGUGCAACUUCACAUGGUUAUGUAUUGCUGUAAACAGAUCAAUAUGCAACAAUAAAAUGAUGUAUAUUUUUUAAUCUCUA